AUGGACUUUGGGAAAACCUCUUUGGAAACCUAUGCAGCGCCCAGGUCCUCUCGCCGCAGCCGCACGGCCUUUACCCCCGACCAGCUGGGGAUGCUGCAAGCUGUUUUCCAAAGCACCGCCUGUCCUGACUGGGAGAAGAUACAAGAGUUAUCGUCAAAACUCCAUCUGGAUGAGUGCGUCAUAAAGACGUGGUUUAAAAAUCAGCGCGCCAAGCAAAGAAAACUGCAGCGAAAGGGCCAGCCCCACCAGCCCAGCGAGUCCACACCUCAGCCUCCUGCUCCACUGCCGCCGCCGCCAGGCUCAGAGCACAGCGCGCCUGCGCAGGAAGAUCACGGCCCUGGGAGCUCCCAGGCGCAGGGCCCCGAGGCGGCUGCCGAGGCCCCGCUGCCCGCCGACCUCCAGGACAUCCAUCUGGACUCCUCUGCGCCCUGGGCUUCGCUGCCCCACGACUUCGGGGAGCUCGUGCGGAUGUGCAGCUUGUUCGCUGGCGAGGAGCCCGACGACCUAGCAGAUAUCUGA